GGCCAGGGCGGCUGGAGCCGCUUGGGUUGUGAAACACGCAGCAUUUCUCCUUAUCAGACCAGCUGUCUCUGUGAACACCUGACACAUUUCGCUGUGCUCCUGGUCGCAGGGCUCUACGUUAAAAACAAAAAUGACUUGCCCAUGGGGAAUCCUUAAGGACGUAUCCAGGGAACCUCUCAGCGAAACCGACAGUCAGAUUUUAACAGUCAUCUCCUAUGUGGGUUGCGGUUUAUCUUCUAUCUUCCUGGGCAUCACGCUCCUCACUUAUCUGGCUUUUGGGAAGCUGCGUGGGGACUACCCAUCUAAGAUACUCAUCAACCUGUCAGCCGCCUUGCUGGGACUGAGCAUGUUUUUCCUUCUGGACUCCUGGCUCUCGUCCUUUUCCAACUACAGCCUAUGCAUCGUUACCGCUGCCGUGCUGCACUACUUUCUGCUGGCCUCCUUCGCCUGGAUGGGCCUGGAAGCUGUGCACAUGUACUUCGCUCUGGUCAAGGUCUUCAACACCUACGUGCCCUCUUACAUCCUCAAGUUCUGUGCUGUCGGAUGGGGUGUUCCGCUGCUCGUAGUGGGCCUGGUGCUGGCCAUAGAUAAAGAUGCCUACGGCAGCACAGUGCCCACGCAGUCUGCAAUGGCCCUUCAUUCCAGCGACCCUUUGUGAGGAUCAUUUCCAGUAGCAAAUGUGCCGAAACAGCAACACAUCAACGUCUUCAUGCUGUACAUAGCCAUGCUUUUUGUCACACCUCCUAGUUGCUGGCUGCAGGACCACAUCUUCUUCUACACAACGGUGGUGGCCUUCGUGCUCCUUGUCCUCUUAGGCAACACGUCCGUGUUUGUGCUGGUCCUGGUUCAGAUCCGACGGAU